UUUCGGACUUGAAAUGACCUUCUGAUCGCAAAGACACUUCCGACUUCUGCCGAGUAAAGAGGCAGAGAGCAUGUAUUUGUUAUCCAAAUUACGGACGGCGUCGGCCGUUUUAAAAGCACGAAUACCGGGGAAAGUUGCAGUCCGUCAUGGAGGGUGGGUGUAUCGUCGACCUGCAGAUGACCCUCCUAAAUAUAUUUAUCGAGUAGCAGACUUUAUGGGGUUUUUAAUGUGGUACUGGAUUCUGUAUCAUGUAUGGCAUGAACCUGAACACCUCGUGGGGCAUUUUCCAUACCCAGAUCCAAGCAAGUGGACAGAUGCAGAAUUAGGGAUACCACCUGAUCGUAAGAAAAUAUGAUCAGUAAUAAAAACUAUUGGCAGACACAUGCAAACUAGCGUUGGUAUGGUGCAUUUGACUUGCACACUUUUGUGUCUGUGAAAAGUUCAAAGACAAUGCCCUUGUUUUCCUUAUUAGUGCUCAUUAUUAAAUGGUAAAUUUGUAGCAAGAGAAAUUGUAAACAAAAUCUGAUACAUAAGUUUCACACACCUUGUAUCCUGUUGGGUUUGUUUUUUUUUAAAAAAAAGACAAAAAUUUACUUCUGUGCAUUAAAGACAUAAUUGUUGAAUGUAA